AGCAGAUCAGCCUGCCAUUUUAACCGGGGGUGUGUGAGCGCUGAUCGAGAGGCUUGACACGGCAGCGGUGUGGGAUGGGAAUAGAGAGAAGAGAGAAGGAACGUCCAGCCUGCAGUCCUGCCACAACCGAGCGGAGCAGCAGCAUCGAGAGAUCACUGAAGCGCCAGUCUCCUCUACAGCGGGGUCAUACACACCUGAAGGCCGCAGAGGGAUUACAAACCAGGGGGAAUAGUCUGACAGCCGGACGAACAUUUGUUUUAUUGGAGAAGAAAACCCUGCAGCGCUUUUCCCUAAACUUUAACGCACCGCUCCACUUCUGCAAGUGCACUUAGACUUUGCGUAUAGCCUUGUGACAGAAACAGGACAUCAUUUGAAUGAUUAUCAUUAGUCAGUACUUUUCGGCUUUUUGAUCGUCUUAUGGACUUACAGUAUAUUUAAUGAGGAAUGUGCCUGCUGUGCGCGCAUGAGCCUCUCUGUCAACACCCCUGACCUUUUUUGUGGAUUUCGAUGAAAUCUUUGGACUUGAGUGAUUGAUUUGUAACGAGAUCUGCUGGACUUUGCGGCUUUGAAAGGAUCAGAAUUUACUGGAAGAGCUUUUCACUUCCAUCCAACAUGCGACCUAUCCCAUCAAGACUCAGCUAUCUGUGUCUACAUUUAUUCGCAUUUUGCUACUAUGCUCAGGUAACCAAUCAGUCCCCGCCUAAUUUCACGCAGCAUGUAAGCGAGCAGAGCAAAGUGACGGACCGCGUGAGCCGCAGGUUGAUCCGGAUCUACCAGCUGUACAGCCGGACCAGCGGCAAGCAUGUCCAGGUCCUGCCCAACAAGAAGAUCAACGCCAUGGCCGACGAUGGAGAUGUGCACGCUAAACUCAUUGUGGAAACGGACACAUUUGGGAGCCGAGUGCGCAUCAAGGGUGCUGAGACGGGCUUCUACAUCUGCAUGAACAAGAGGGGGAAGCUCAUCGGCAAGAAGAACGGACAAGGCCGUGACUGUAUCUUCACAGAGAUCGUUCUGGAGAACAACUACACGGCGCUGAGAAACGCCCGCUAUGAGGGCUGGUACAUGGCCUUCACCCGUCGCGGGCGGCCACGGAAAGGUUCGCGGACGCGCCAGCACCAGCGCGAGGUCCAUUUCAUGAAGAGGCUGCCGAAGGGGCAGCAGCCCGCCCACUCGAGCCACCACCGCCCCUUCGACUUCAUCCACUACCCCUUCAGUCAAAGGACUAAACGUACGCGCUACUCGUCAGAGCGCUGACGAGGAAAGGGAUAGAAAAGACAGAGAAAGAGGAUAAACUGACAGACUGACCGAAUUUUCAGCAGCUGGCACACUCCUCCACUCUCCCUACAAAACCUCUAAAGACAUUUUUAUACUGAGCAUUACUAUAUCUUAAUAUGUAGGUUGUUUUCUAUUUUUCUCAAGGUCAAAAAAAGCUGUACAUAGACAAAAACAUGAGAAAUUUAUUUUUGUACUCCAGACUUAGUACUGACCCGUGUGUUUUUAGAUGCACCUAACUAAUUGUCUGACUUAUUUGGACAUCUUAGUCGAGUGCGUGGUGUUGUUUUUUUUUUUUCAUUCUGACCAGUAGAGUCAUUUUUUGGACUCUCGCCUGCUGCUCAAGGAGACUUGAAGGGCCCUGAUUGACCGCACUGCCAGGAACGCUGCGUUCAGAGACACAAACUGUCACACACUGUGUGUUGGGUAAACGUUGCAGAAACAUGUUGCAGUAACACUGCAGUGUUUAAUCAUCCUGACUGGGAUCAUUCUGUAUCUUUCUCACACAGUGAUGGAACAAUGUGGCAGCUACAUUUGAUAAACAGGUUUCCUGUUCUGACUGUAUUGUUAAUGUGUACAAAAUGCAGUGUGUAAGGCACCCCGACAGGCCCACUACCCCUCACCCUCUUGUGUUCUUGUUGCCCACUGAAUGUUUGUUUUUAUACAUAUAAAAAUAUAUUUUUAUUUGAGGAUGUGUAAAAUAAUU